AUGAGCAUAAGUGUGUGUGUGUGUGUUUGUGUGUAUGUGUGUGUGUGUGUUAGAAAAGGAGAGGAAGAGAGACGGACAGAAAAUCAGUUUGACAGUACAUUUUAGACAUUAUGCUCUAUGUAUACAAUGUUGCUUGUUGGUACAAGUCUGUUGUUUUGCCAAAUAACAAGUCAACAAGGUACCGAACUGUCAGAUACCAAGAGUAGUUUCUUGCCACCCACUUUAAACCUGUGUAUGUGUAUGGCAGGGCUUUAUGCUUUUGGUGCUGCUCUCCUCAGGACUGCUCAGAGGUCUAUGACAAUAGCUUCACCCACAGUGGAGUGUUUACCAUCUACCCUGCAGGCCCCACCUCUGCUGUCUACGCCUACUGUCACAUGGACACUGAUGGAGUGAAAUGGACUGUGAGUAUGAAAGAGAGAUCAAGAGAGAGAACAGUGAAAGUGAGAAGAGAGAGAGAGAACAGUAAGAGAGAACAGUGAGAGAGAACAGUGAGAGAGAACAGUGGGGAUGGGGUAAAGUGAAGACUGUGAUCUUGUGUUUCUUUCCCAGGUCUUCCAGAGACAAAUGGAUGGGUCUGUGAACUUCUACAGAGACUGGGACCACUACAAGAAUGGCUUUGGGCAUGCUGCAGGAGAGACCACUGGCUGA